AGUAAAUGACAUGCGCACGUACGCUUCCGGGUAUGUUACAGGAAGCAAAGGAGGGCGUUAUAUUUAUCAGUGCAACAAGAGUGCCGGCAACCCUUCCCCUUUUCAAAAGAUCUAUCAAGGAUGGCUUUUCGUAUCAGAACAUCGAAAUAUCGGCAUGUAUUUGGCAAACCAUUAAAAAGAGAUCAGUGCUAUGACAACAUUAGAGUGUCCAAAAUAUCUUGGGAUAGUACAUUAUGCAGUGUGAAUCCUAAAUACAUAGCCAUUAUUACAGAGGCUGCUGGUGGGGGAGCCUUCUUAGUUCUGCCUUUAUCAAAGACUGGACGUGUUGAGAGAGAUUCUCCCCUGGUAUCAGGACACAAGGCAGCAGUAUUAGAUAUAGAAUGGUGUCCCCAUAAUGAUGAUAUUAUUGCUAGUUGUUCUGAAGAUUGUUAUGUGAAAGUCUGGCAGAUCCCCGAGGGUGGUGUUAUCAAACCUCUAACAGAACCAAUUGUAGAUUUACUAGGACAUCAAAAGAGAGUUGGUGUUGUAAAAUGGCAUCCCACAGCACAGAAUAUUCUCCUCAGUGGAGGUCAAGACAAUAUUAUAAUGAUUUGGAAUGUAGGAACUGGUGAAGCUGUUGUACAGAUAGAUUCUCCUGAUCACAUCUUAUCAGCAUCAUGGAAUUACGAUGGGUCAAAAUUUGUAACUACGUGUAAAGAUAAAAUGAUGAGAGUGUACAAUCCACGAACAGGAGAUAUGUUAGGCGAAGUGAAGGCCCAUGAAGGAGCUAAGCCAGCACAGGCUGUGUAUUUAAAGGAUGGUAAAAUAUUCUCUGCAGGAUUCUCUAGGAUGAGCACCAGACAGUAUGCAUUGUGGAAUGAGAAUGAUCUAUCAGAAGAAAUGAUGCGUGAAGAGAUUGACCAGAGUAAUGGUGUUAUGUUUCCAUUUUAUGAUGCCGACACAAGUAUGAUAUAUCUUCUUGGAAGGGGUGACAGUAUUAUAAGAUAUUACGAGGUAACAGAUGAAGCUCCUUAUGUACAUUACUUAAACUUGUACCAGUGCAAGGAUGCACAGAGAGGGUUUGGCUACAUGCCUAAACGAGGACUUAAUGUCAAUAAUUGUGAAAUAGCUAGAUUUUAUAAACUACACAAUGGUGGGCUAUGUGAAGUUAUACCAAUGACUGUUCCUAGAAAGUCUGAAUUAUUCCAAGAUGACCUUUACCCUGACACAGCAGGAGAUACACCAUCUGUCACUGCAGAUGAAUGGUUAGCCGGGAAAAAAUCAGAUCCAAUUCUGAUCUCCCUGAAAGAUGAAUAUGUACCUACACAAAAGGAACAGUUGAAAGUUGUAAGAAAGUCCAAUAUAUUAGAUAAACCUAUCCACAAACCAGCUGCAGCAGCAACUCCAGCCAGGUCGUCAGUGCAAGAGGUGGCAGUUCCCGAGGAAUCUGGUGCAGCAUUACCACCGAAAUCACCAGCAGUCAAUCAGGAAAUCCAACAGUUAAAGAAAGUAAUUGGAGAACAGAACAAAACUAUUCAGGAUUUAAUGGAAAGAGUUCUUUCCCUUGAACAGGCAGCAAACAGUAGUGGGGUAAUAGAAAAUGAUGAAACAUUAGGUCACGAUAAGGUCGACAAAGAAAAUGCUGUCGACCAGGCUGAUGAUAAUUAAUGCUGCAGACGACAGUUAAAAUCAAAAUGGCUGCUGGUUAAGAUUUAGUGUUUUAACAUUUCUCUAUUUUUUAAGACAUUUUGUAUUUAAGCAAUGUAUAUUUAUUAAAAUGCUGGCAAAAAAUAUAUAUAUUAAGCACUACUUUAUAUAUAUUGGAUAUGCAUGACUUACACAGGCAUUUUAACUGUGAAACAGUUUAAACAUUUAGAAUUAAAUAUUAUGAAAAAAUUUUGCUUUAAAAUUAAAUGCUUUUUAAUCAAAAAUACUUUUUUUUUUCAGUUGGGUUAAAAAAAAAAACUAUAUUUUAAAAACUGGUAUAGCAAUAGAUUUUUUUACUAAUGAACAAGGAAAUAUUUCAGAUCAAAUUUUGCUGCUGAUCAUGAAAUUCCCAUAACUGCCAAAUACAUCAUACAUGCAAUUUUAUCAUAUUAAAGAUUUCAAUACUUGAUUUUUUUUUUGUAAGAUUCGGAAAUGUUAUUUUUAUAGUCAGUAAAUGCUGGUCAAAGGCUCUUAGAUACUCAAGUGUCAUUUCAUCCCGUGAACUGUAAGAGGAUAUACAUCAUGGAGAAGCCUUCAAAUGUUUUAUUAGCCAUUCAAAUUUGAUUCGCUCAUUUUCUCAUUUCUGAUUUUAAAAGAGUUUUCCAUAGCUAAUUUAAAACAAGUUUUUUUUAUUACUAGACUUAAAAUUGACAUGAAUCAUCAUGAUCAUACAUGAACUUUUUCUCUGACAGGACAAUAUCUUUCAAGAAGCCAGUGUUCCAUGGCGUCUGCAUGAUUUUAUUCCCAGUUAGCAAUUUUCAAUAAAAAAGACUGGGGAAUGAAAGCUUCCAUCACAGAAUUAAUGAUUUUGGUUUGUCUUCCGUUAUUCAUUGGCUUGAAAUGAAGGCAAAUUUUGUUCCUGUUGCAGGGGAAUCGGAAAACCAUUAGUAUACUUCAUAUAGCCAUAUUUGUAUUUUGAAUACCAAAUGAAAUAGAUGUCAGCUGUAGUUUUGAGUAUAUCAUUUUUUAUAUAAACUUAGUUCAUAGGAGAUAGUAAAUAUAAAAGUUAUAACAAAGAGAGAUAACUAUGUAUCAACAGUAGGUGGAACUCAGAUCCUAAGAAAACAUUUUUAGAAUUUUUACUAGCAGAAAAUCAAGUAUUGCAAAACUUUUCAAGUAGACUUAGAUUUGUUAUUGUUUUUGUCAUUCAUUUAUGCAUUUAUGCAAAUAAAAAGUGCUUUGUUUUUGUUGAUUGCUAUGAACUCUGUGACAGAUUUGUUUGUUUUUCCCCUGGAUGUUACUGUUGUUGAAAAUGGCUUUAAGUGUCUGUACAAAUGUUGUUGUUUGGUAUGCUUAUUUUGUAGGAAGUUUUCAGAGAGACGGUCAUUGAUUUUUUUCCCAGACUAAUGAAGUGUUGCCCAACCACUUUUUUUUCCAAAGUAAGGCAUUGAUUCACUUUAUCCAAAUGCAGAUUAAUAAAAAUGAGACAGAAUAAAAGUAAACUUUUUUCAGAAAUGUUCUUAUGUUCAGAUUACUUGGCAAUAGGAUCAUUACUUUUAGUCCAGAUAUCUAUUAAAUUACUGCAUGUCCAAGUUCCACGCACCCACUUUAAUAUAAAAAUAUAUAGUCUUAAGCAACCAGCUUAUAUUUGUAUGUUGAAACCUUUUAACAUUUGUGCUGAAAUCAUUUGUUUAGCUGAAAACAUAAAUUAUGUUAGAUAAUAAUUUUGAGUCAGUCUCUUGAAAUCAAAGUUGAUAAAUAUUUUGGACUUUUUGAUUUUGACCUCAUAGAUCAUAUGACUUGUUCAUGAUUAUAAGUUUGUCCAAAAUUUUUUGGGGUUUCUGGUGGAUAGUUCUCAUUGGCAAUCAUACCAAAUCUUCUUAUUUUUAUAUUUUUGAAUAACAUGGACUAGCUUCUGUUCUUUUUUUUAUUUUAAUGUUUUCAAUAUUUGUAAUUUUAUUGAAAUCGGUAAAAUUUCUGAAAAACAAAUUUCUGCGAGAUAUAUGGAAAAAUGUAACCUUUGAGCUAUUAAUAUAAUUGGAUGAUGUGCUGAGCAACAUAUAUAUCUUGAAUGUACACCAUUCUGUGAUGAAAACUCAAACAAAUUCCAUAUACAUAAUUGUAAUAGUUAUAAUUUGAUAAAAUUAGAAAUUUUUAGUAUCUUAUAGGUUCUUUUUAUAAACUAUUGAUAAGUCAUGACUUUUUCUGAGCAUUCCAAGGCUUGUAUGUUAAUAUUUAUUUGUAAAUAUAGUUUCCCUUGUACAGAUUAGAUAUAGACUGUGAAAAUGAUUAUUUUUGUAUAUGACGUGCUUACAAUGUGGAGGAACAAUAUAUAUUUUUGAUUUAUAUGUUCUCAGGUUUUGAUUGCUAUGUUCCAGUCUUGUGUUAAGUGUUUUUUAUAUAGAUUUUUGCUUAAUUGUUAAACUAAAAAUAGUUGCAGCUAUUUCUUUCAGUUUGGUUCAUAAACAUUCAAUCUAUGUCAUUCAAAUAAUAGUUUUAUUUGUUUGCAGUCAGAAUUGAGUAGAAUUUAUGUACUUGAAUAGGAAUCUACCUUUGCAAAAUAUUGAAAAAAAGCAUGAAUGAAUUUAAAAUAUGUCUUAUAUACAUGAACUUGUAGAUUUUCUUUGUUAAAAUGAAAUUCUGAAAUGUUCAUUUUUAUUUAAAGUUGUAAUUAAAAUACACCUAUUAUUUCUGUGACAGAAGGAACUUGAAAUGUAAACCUUCUCUCAGUUAUUUUCUUUACUGUAAGGAACUUUUGAUAUAAAUAAUAUACUUUUAGUUAUUAAGCUCACAAUUUUUAAAACAUUAACAGUGAUUAACUGAAGAUAUCAAUUUUAAGUCAUUCAGGCAUCACAUUCAAUUUGAUUAAGGAACUAGUUGGAAAUAAAAGGGAAUUUAUACUUUGAAAACCUUAAAGAAAUUAUUUUACACACUUUUCUAUACCAAUAUCAAGUUGCCCUCAUUUCAUUGAAAUAGUAUUGGUAUUAGAUUUUUUUAAAGUUGUACAAACAAAUAACUGUUGUGUUAUUUCCAGACAUCUGUGGAUGAUUUGAUUGCUUGAAAAAAAUUUCAUACUGUUUCCUGACAGCAUUUUUUCCCCCAAGCACAAAAAGAGCUAAUAUUGUUACUUUUAGUUUGUAAUCUUCACAUUACAUCUCUGUGUCUUAAAUAUGUUUGUUGAGCAGUGAGUUGUGCGAUUUUCUCUGGCUGAACUGUCUGGGUUUUUUAGUAUUUGAAUAGAUGUGAAUAGAUAUUUCUAAUAUGAGAAGAGUGAAACUAGUUAUAGUUUAUUUCAACUCAUAUUGAGUUAAAUUCCUACAGAAAGGUGAUGUAAAUGUUUUUAUGACCAUAGACUUGUUAGUUCAAUAAUGACAGCUUAUCUCAGAGUUUCAAGGUUACAUUAAAAUAUUCCUAUUGGAAUCUUUCCAACUUCAGACUGUGUUCGAAAAAGAUAGAAGUGGCACAAAGGAAGGUUAAAUUUCCCAGAACUGUAAUGUAUGCUCUAAUAAGAAAUCAGUAUGAAAAGACAAAUAAGAUAUGAGUUCUGAGAUGGCUGUUUUUACUGAGUCAUCCCAUUUUACACAAACAGGUCACCUCAGAAAUCUAUGCAGUGUUGGGACCAACAAAACAUCAAAAGAAUGAAAUAUCAACGUAUGGGUAAUUUAGAAUGAAAUAUCAAUGUAUGGGUAAUUUCUCCUAAUCAUAGGUUUUCACCAGGGUUAGAUAUUCAAAUAGAAAAGUUGCUGAGUAUAUUAAGUGGAAGUUUGUUGAAAUCAUUCCAUUUGUUAAAUUCAACGCGUGAAACUCUACACAGAUGCAUAGAAAAAAUGUCAUGUGAUACUACAUUUUCAACCUCCACAUUGAAAACUCUCCUAUAGCCUAUAUAUGGCUAUGAAACAUGAGAAAGAAACCUAAUUUGUGUUACAGCAAGUCAUUCAAUAACCAUACAGAAACUCUGUAGUGUUGUGUUAGGUAAAUUAUAUCUUGCUUUAAUAUUAAAAGAAAUUCACAUAGAACUGCUUAUUUUAUACACAUUUAACAAAAUACUCCUCAUCUUCAAUUUUCUAUCAUUGUGGAAUUAUUUUUUUCCCCACCUCACUAAUAGUAUAUUUUAUGCACAAAUAAAAUAGAAAUAAAUAACCAAAGCACUUUUAUUUUUGAAUUUUUAUACCUAAAACAGGAUUGAAACUGUCUCAUGAGGAAAAUUAUGUUAAUUCUGUUUUUCCAGGAACAAAUGGAAAAAUUGAGACAAAUUUGUUUCAGUCAAAUAUUUAUAAUAUCAUUAUUUCAGCAAAAUCACAUGUACAAGUUUUCUCUUAUAGAUGUAUUUUCUAAGUAUAAUCCAUUAUUUUACAAAGUAGGAGACAAGUUAGUUUUUAUAAACUCUGACUUUCCAACUUGGGGAAUGAUGAUUAUGAACUCCAACCUUUUAUCUUAGAGAAUGAUGACCAUGCCCUUAAUUGGCUAGCUCUACUCUUAUGAGUAAUUAUUUUCAUGAUUGAUGUAUAUUCAAAAAAAAUUGGCACAUAUUUGAAUUCAUGAGGAUGACUCAGAUUUGUAACCAUAAUGGUAUUUGAACAUUUCUGUCAUGUACUUAGUUUCACAAAAAAUACUCCUUUCAAAGAAAAAUGUGAAAAUAAAUGCACCAAGUCAAAUAUUCAAAGUAGUUUUUGCAACUAGUUUACAGUAUGAUAUAAUUACAUUGAGCCAUAAUUUACUUGUUUUUCAGUAUGGAACUUGUCAAAAUUUAUGUCCGUUAUAAAUAGUUAUGCUAUGAUCAUUUGUAUAUUAUAUAAUCAUACAGCAAUAAAAUCGUACUCUAAAUUAA